CAGGACACUUCAGGACCUGGCACUGCUGUGGCAGAAGCGUGACGGGGCCGGGGAGCGGGCAACUCCUACCCUUCCUGGAUAUCCAUAAUUCAGGAAGUCUCCACACCUGGGCAUCUGUGGGGGAGAGGACACCUCCUGACAUUUCUACAAUAACAAAGGAGCAGAUUUUCUCUAAGAUGGAAAACAGAACAAACCAAGAGGAACUUUGUGAAAUAAAGCCUAGGGAGAAGAUGGAGGAACAUGAUCAUUUGACAAAGGAUUCAAAGGAUAUCAGCACACUGAAGAGACCAGACCUUUUCCACUUGCAUCAAAUGACUGGCUUUGACGGGUUUGAGUGCCCCGCAGGUCUAAAGCACAAACAGGAGCUUUUUCCACAAUGGCGUUUGCCCAUUAAGAUGGCGGCCAUCAUAGCCCUUCUAACCUUCCUUUAUACUUGCCUAAGGGACAUCAUCCACCCUUUUGUAAUGACUCGGGCACACUUUUUCUAUAAGAUCCCAAUUCUGGUCAUCAACAAAGUUUUGCCAGUGGUUUCCAUCACCCUCUUGGCACUGGUUUAUUUGCCAGGUGUUAUUGCAGCUGCCUUCCAGCUUCGCCAUGGAACUAAGUACAAGAGAUUUCCAGAAUGGUUGGCUAAAUGGAUGCUAGCAAGGAAGCAAUUUGGGCUUCUCAGUUUCUUUUUUGCCUCGUUGCACGCAGUUUAUAGUUUGUCCUAUCCAAUGAGAAGGUCUUACAGAUACAAGCUGCUAAACUGGGCUUUUCAACAGGUCCAACAAAAUAAAGAAGAUGCCUGGGUCGAGCAUGAUGUUUGGCGAAUGGAAAUUUAUGUAUCUCUAGGAAUUGUAGGACUUGCUUUACUGGCCCUACUGGCAGUAACUUCUAUUCCAUCCGUCAGCAACUCCCUGACCUGGAGAGAAUUUCAUUAUAUUCAGAGCAAGUUGGGAAUCUUUUGCCUUUUUUUGGGCACAGUUCAUGCACUGAUUUUUGCCUGGAACAAAUGGGUGGAUGUAAAGCAGUUCGUGUGGUACACUCCUCCUACUUUUAUGAUAGCAAUUUUACUUCCUGUUGUUGUUCUGGUAGGUAAAGGCAUAUUGCUUCUUCCAUGCUACAGGAAGAGAAUCCAGAAGAUAAGGCAUGGCUGGGAAGAUCCCACUAAAAUGAAUAAAGCUGAGAUGGCUUUCCAACUGUAGAACAUACGGAUUUUUGCCAAAUAUUGAA